AUGCCUGUCUUGGCACCAGCAUCAGGCACGUCGCAACCACCAUAUCCUCUGCAUGCGUCUAUUGUGGACAAACUAGAUCCACAGUAUGUCGCCUUUUACAACAAGCACAUCAUCAAUGCACAACAAGUACACUAUCAGCCUGUGGCUGCCUCAAGGGUGGGCGGCAAGCUCAUCCCAGGCGGAAGCAAUAACCUACCUGUCGACCUGACUCAAGACUUCUCUAUCUCACGUCAAGAGACCGAGGGUCCUGAAGUGGAUGGCCAGUCAUGGUUUACUUUCAUGGCGGUGGUUGGGUUCUUGGCAAUAUUGACACAGAGAAUUCGGCUCGCACCCGAAGAUCCUUUCCCAGCCGCUGUGCACGAUUCGUGGGAGGCACUACUGUGGACGGUCUCGAAAGGAGUUCAGAUCCUCAACCUGAACAAGGAUCUGGUCGCCAUUGGUGGCUCAUCAGCAGGAGGUAAUCUUGCUGCUGUACUGACUCAGAAAGCAACUGAGCUGCUCCCUACACUCAAGUUCAGGGUGCAACUGCUCAUCGUCCCUGUCACGGACAAUACUGCUGCCGUAACCACAAACGCCACGUACAAGUCCUGUCAGUUCACAGCGGCGCUUCCAGCAGAGAAAAUGCUAUGGUAUCGCAACCAUUAUCUCCCAGAUCAAACGAUGUGGACAGCGCUCGAAGCCUCACCACUGCUCGCCCCAUUGAAAACCUUUGCAAAGCUUCCGCCUGCUGUCAUUCUAGUAGGCGAGCUGGACGUGCUGCGUUGGGAGGGUGAGGAGUAUGCGCGGAAGCUGAAUGCGGCUGGUGUCCAUGCAAAGGUAGAAUUGAUGAAGGGUAUGCCUCAUCCUUUCUUGGCGAUGGACGGCGUGCUUGAUGAAGGGAAGAGAGCGAUCACCAUAUUGUGCGAGAGCCUGAAAGACGCUUUCGCUUCACCUUCCGCAGACCUAGAACAAUAA